UGCAAGCAACGUUGAUGCUGAUGAUGGUGUCACAGUUGGUGGCGGGGUUCCAUUGGCAGUUGGUGAUGAGCUGUUAUGUCGAUUAACACUUGAACUUCUGUUAUUUGCUGGUAUCAUAGUAUUCACUGGAUGAAUUUGAUGAGGUGACAUUGGAGAGCGUGGGGCGAUAACUCGAGCUCCUUCAGAUUUACAUAACAACAAUUUUGUAAGGAAUUUGUUUUCAAACAUUAAAUAGGAAAUU